GUUCCUGGCGUGUUCCUAGCACCUGCUUGGGGUCAGAGCCCCUAACAGACCAUGUCGGAGAUCCUGUGCCAGUGGCUCAACCAGGAAUUGAAGGUGUCCCGGACCGUGAGUCCCAAGUCAUUUGCAAAGGUGUUUUCCAGUGGUUAUCUAAUUGGAGAAGUUCUGCACAAGUUUGAACUUCAGGAUGAUUUUUCAGAGUUUACAGAAAGCAGGGUUUCGAGUGCCAAACUUAACAAUUUCUCUCGACUGGAGCCAACACUUCAUCUUCUGGGUGUGCAAUUUGAUCAAACUGUGGUCCACAACAUCAUUACAGAGAAGCCUGGGGCAGCAACAAAACUUUUAUAUCAAUUGUACAUUGCUCUUCAGAAAAAGAAGAAAAGUGGAUUGACUGGAUUAGAAAUACAAACCAUGAAUCCCCUGACAAAUUUAAAACUUCAGAACAUGAAAACUGAAGCUUUUCGUGAGAGACUUAUAAACCUGAUACCUCGUCAAACUGAUUUCAAUCUGAUGCGGGUUACAUACAGGUUCCAAGAAAAAUAUAAACAAAUGAAAGAAGAUUUUGCUCAUGUGCAUUUUGAGAACCUUGAAAGAUUACAAAAAGUCAAGGAAGAACAAAGAUGUUGUAAUAUCGAAAAGCAACGCUUAAACAGAAGACGACAAAAUGAAAUAAUGGCCAAAAUUCAAGCAGCUAUCAUACAAAUUCCUAAACCUGCACCUAAUCGUACUUUGAAAGCACUUGAAGCCCAAAAAAUGAUGAAAAAGAAAAAAGAGGCAGAGGAUGUAGCCAAUGAAAUUAAGAAGUUUGAAGCCCUAAUAAAAAAGGACCUCCAGGCAAAAGAAAGUGUAUCCAAGACUUCUUUAGAUACAGCGGGCCAGAUGACGACCGAUUUGUUAAACACCUACUCAGAUGAUGAGUACAUUAAAAAAAUCCAGAAGCGCCUGGAAGAAGAUGCGUUUGCACGAGAGCAAAGGGAGAAAAGACGGCGGAGACUGUUAAUGGACCAGUUAAUAGCCCACGAAGCACAAGAGGAAGCUUACCGGGAGGAGCAGCUGAUUAACAGACUGAUGCGGCAGUCCCAGCAGGAGCGCAGGAUCGCUGUGCAGCUCAUGCAUGUUCGGCACGAGAAGGAAGUCUUAUGGCAAAACCGAAUUUUCAGAGAAAAACAAUAUGAGGAAAGACGACUUAAAGAUUUCCAAGAUGCUCUUGAUCGAGAAGCGGCUUUGGCAAAACAAGCCAAGAUUGAUUUUGAAGAACAGAUCCACAGAGACAAGGAAAUUCAUGAACAGAUUGCUGUGGAAAGAGCUCAGGCUCGUUACAAGAAACAUUAUUCAAUAUGUGCAGAAAUUUUGGAUCAAAUACUUGAUUUGUCCACAAAAGUGGCAGACUAUCGAAUGCUGACAAAUAAUCUGAUUCCAUCUAAGUUGAUGCAUGAUUGGAAGGAACUGUUUUUUCAUGGCAAGCCUGUAUAUGAACAAGCCUCUAUUAAGCAGCUAACUACUAAGCCCUCUACAGAACAACUUAUAGAACUGGAGAAAAGAGACUUGCUAGAUAACAAUGAUUAUGAAGAAUAUAAGAACAUGGUUGGGGAAUGGGCCUUACCAGAAGAGAUGAUUGAUAACGUACCACCCUCCAACAAUAGCAUACUGGGCCAUGUGCUUUACAGACUAGUUGAGAAGUCUCUUCCUCUCCGAGUUGAAUCAACAGUGUCUGAAUUUCCUUCGUUUGCCAUUAAAGGAUGCUUACUGGGAAAAACAUUUAGUGGAAAAACUACUAUUUUAAAGUCUCUACAGAAAGACUUUCCUAUUCAGAUACUUUCUAUUGACGCUCUUGUCCAAGAAGCCAUCCAAGCAUUUCAUGACAAUGAAAAAGUCAGUGAGGCCCUACCAGUUGAGAAAGGUGGAGAAACUCUGCCAGCUCCUCAAGAGGGCAACAAAGAAAGCCAGGAUCUGCACAAUGUAUUUUCAGCUGGCCCAGUUCCAAGUGAAGCAUUGCCAGAAACAGAAGGUACUGAUACUAAUGAAAUACCAAAAGCAGAAGAAGUCAAAUUCAGUGAUAGUUUCUCUGAUCUCACGGUGCGUGCUCAGCUUGGUGCAAAGUCAGAACAGUUGCUGAAGAAAGGAAAGAGCAUUCCUGACCUAUUGCUGGUUAACAUCUUGGUAAAUGCUAUCAAUGAAUUUCCUGCGAAUAAAGGCUGGAUUCUUGAUGGUUUUCCAAUGACAUUAAACCAAGCACAGCUCUUGGAGGAUGCUCUCAGAGGCUACAGUAGAAACCACUUAGAGAUGGAGGCAAAGAAAGCACAAAUAUCCACACUGGUUGUUGAUCCCACGACUUCUAAGGAAAUACCUAUUCCCCCUUCACCAUUUGAUUUUGUGAUAUUAUUAGAUAUUGCAGAUACUUCCUCACUGAAUCGCCUGAAUGAUAUCAUAGCUAAAGAUUUUUUACAUGAAAUUGCUCUUGAAGAUAUCAGCCAACGUGUAGCUGCUGACAAUCAAGAUAAGGAUGGGGAUCAGAAUUUAAGAGACCAGAUUCAGCAUAGAAUUAUAUGCUUCUUGGACAACUGGCCUUUAUUGGAAAAAUGGUUUUCAGAGCCAGAAAAUAUUUUGAUAAAAAUCAAUGCUGAUGUAGAUAAAGAGACUUUAUGCCAAAAAGUAAAACAAAUUUUUGCAACUGAAACAAUAAAAAAAAAGAAUAAAGUUGAAAAGAAAUUAGAAGAAAAAGAAGCUGAGAAAAUAGCAGCAGCUUCCCUGUCUGAGCCUCCACCUCCGACAACUCCUCCCCCUCCUCCUCCUGAACCAGAAAAAGAGAAGGAAAUUCAUCCUCCACGUGAGUCUUCAAAAACUGCGAAAGGAAAACCACAAUCAGAACACCCGCAUGGUAAGCAAGACUCUCCUCAGGAAGGAAAAGGGAAGAAAGGUGAAACUGCACUCAAAAGAAAAGGUUCUCCUAAAGGAAAACCAUCAGGAGGGAAAGUAUCAGUAAAGAAAUCACCUGCUGGCUCUACGGAUAUAUCACCUACUCCCAUAUCGCAACCCAAGCCAGGAUCUUCGGAAGAAUGGGUCUAUGUGAAUGAACCAAUUCCUGAGGAAAUACCUUCAUUUUUAGUACCUUACUGGGAACUAAUAGAAAAUUCCUAUAUAAACACCAUCAAAACAGUACUCAGGCAUCUGCGAGAAGAUCAGCAUACUGUUAUUUCUCACUUGUAUGAGAUUCGAACAAGUUUCCAGGAGUUUCUAAGGCGUCCAGAUCACAAACAAGAUUUCGUAGCUCAGUGGCAGGCUGAUUUCAACUCUCUUCCUGAUGACCUGUGGGAUGAUGAAGAAACCAAGGCUGAACUACAUCAGAGAGUAUACGAUCUGCGAGACCGCCUGUGGGACAUCUGUGAGGCGCGCAAGGAGGAGGCUGAGCAGGAGCGGCUGGAUAUCAUUCAGGAGAGCUGGCUCCAGGACUCUCUCGGCAUAAUGAUGAACCACUACUUUUCACUGAUGCAGGCAGAACUGAACCGUUUCCAAGAUACAAAGAGACUCCUUCAAGAUUAUUACAGGGGAAUAGAACACAAAAUCCCAAUAGAAGACAGUAAGAGAUUUACUAGAAUUCCAUUGGUCCAACUGGAUAAUAAAGAAAUUACGGAAAGCCAACUUAGAAUUCCUCUAGUUCCUCGAAUAUCCAUUUCUCCCGAAACAUCUUCACCAAAGCCAAAAAUGAAGUCAGUAAUAAAGGGCAAGAUUGAUUACGCACUAGAAAACGUAGAGUCAAACUUCGAAGCAGAUGAGAGGUUGGUCAUGGAUAUCUGGCAGCAGGCUUCUCUGGCAAUAUCCCAGAUGGUGGCUACUGAAAUUCAUCAGAGGCUCAUGGAAGAAGAAAAAGAAAACCAGCCAGCAGACCAAAAAGAAAAAUCUCCUCUAUCCAGUGCAAAUAAAAAAGCCAAAAAAGAACUGCCCAAGAAAAAAAAAGAGGACAAAAAAUUAAAAGGUAUAUCACCAUCUGUAAUAGAAUCCUUUCCUGUAAUAGUAACACAGGAGGAAAUUGCUGAAAUGGAAAAGAAAAAUGAACUGAGACUCAAAAUAAAGGAAGAACAUCUUGCUGCCCUGCAAUUUGAAGAAAUAGCUGCACAAUUUCGACUUGACUUGAUAAAGACAAAAGCAUUGACUGUCCUUGAAGAUUUAGUGAUAAAGGUGGUUGAUGUGUAUAAACUUAUGGAAAAAUGGCUUGGUGAGAGGUAUUUGAAUGAAAUGGCCAGUGUAAAAAAAUUAAUUGAGGUAGCUCAGUAUCACAUUGAAACAUCCACAAAAAUUCAGAAUGAACUCUACUUAAGCCAAGAAGACUUCUACAUUAACGGAGAUAUCAAAGUCUUCCCAGAUCCUCCCCCACCGAUUCGUCCUCCACCCAUAGAAAAGGAAGAAAAUGGCACCUUGACCAUUGAACAGCUUGACAGUCUUCGAUAUCAGUUCUUAGACGUGGCACCCAAAGGCAUAAUAGGAAAUAAAGCAUUUACUGACAUCCUCCUUGAUUUGGUAACACUGAACCUCGGAACAAACAGCUUUCCCAGUAGUUGGAUGCACCUCUCCCAACCUGACUUGCAGGAGUUGACAAGUUUAUUAAUAGUAAACUCAGAAUUGGUGGACUGGCGGAAAUUCUUGUUGGUAACCUCGAUGCCCUGGCCUAUCCCUCUGGAGGAGGAGCUCUUAGACACUCUGCAGAGGUUCAAGGCUGUGGAUGAGGAGCAGUUGGGUACCAUCACUUUCGAGCAGUAUAUGCAGGCUGGUCUGUGGUUUACAGGAGAUGAAGAUAUAAAAAUUCCAGAAAAUCCUCUUGAACCCCUGCCAUUCAACAGACAGGAGCAUCUUAUAGAGUUUUUCUUCAGGCUCUUUGCUGACUAUGAGAAGGAUCCACCUCAGCUCGACUACACACAAAUGCUGCUGUAUUUUGCCUGCCACCCAGAUCCUGUGGAAGGGGUCUACAGGGCCCUCAGCGUGGCCAUUGGGACUCAUGUCUUCCAAGAAGACAAAACUCUUACUCCUAUUGCAGAAAAGACCUCCUUCUCUACUGAUACGAGUCAAAUUGAAGAAUCUUCUGAACCUGAGGAAAGUGUUGCAAGAGAAGAAAAGGAAUUAAAAGAGGAAAGGGAAGAAAGAGAACAAAAAGAAGAAAUCCCUGAAAAUGCAAACACUGAGAAGAUUUCCAUGGAAACGCUCCUCAAAGUGUUUCGAGGAGGAAAUGAAGCACAAGAUGCUAACAGAUUCGUCAGCCACCUGAAGAUAGAGAACAUUUAUGCAGAGAGCUUUAUAAAAGUAUUUCAGGACCUAGGUGCCAGGAAUCUGGAACCAAUUGAAGUUUCUGUUCUCUUGAAGCAUCCUUUUACUCAAGACCUGAUUUCAAGUUAUCCAGACUAUAAAAUUCCUGAUAUUAAAAUGAUUCUGCAAAAGGCUGAACAUGUACCAGGGAGUGAUGGAGAAAGGUCACCGUCAAGACUCACAGAGGAAAAGAAAUGAAGACAAAAAUGUGUCGUUUUUAUAAUUUGGCAAGGAAUUUUCCAAAAAUCAAAUGCAACUGUGGCAUUUCUUAUAUAUGGAAUCAUCAAAAAUGUAGAAAUGAGGUGUACCAACUUAUAAAAUAAAAAACACUAGAAAACAAACCUACCUUAAUCUGGAGAAUAUUCUAUAAUAAACUUUGAAGAAGAGCAAGACAUCUGAAAUAGCAUUUGGAAGUGAUUCUGAAAA